AUUCUACAAAAAGUCCUAAUAACCUAAUUUGUUUUAUGAAAGUCAAAAUUAAAAAACGGAAAAAGUUGAAUCAGUUAGUUCAUCAUGUACUCGAUAUUUUUUAGAAAUUGUAAUUUAAAGGUACCCUCGAAAGUACUCAAGGCUCAUAAAGGGCUCCGAGAGUUCUCUGCUGUUGUGAACAAUGUAAACUCUAAUGGUUUCCAAACGAAUAGAAACAAUUCCAAUAAACUACAACAAGAAAUUUUAGAAUAUCGUCAUAUAUAUCCAGAGUUCCUACCAGAUCCAGAAAUAAAAUAUAGAAAUGCACUGAGAGAAAAAUUGGAAAGAAGUGAUAUGAUUGCUCGUAGGCAUCAAAUCCAAAUACCAGAGUUUUAUGUUGGGUCAAUAAUGGCCGUCGAAUCCGCAGAUCGGCAUACUCCUGGUAAGAACCAGCGCUUUGUAGGAAUAUGCAUACAAAGAGGUGCAAGCGGUCUCAGAGCUCAUUUUACCUUGAGGAAUGUUAUUGAUCACCAGGGCAUUGAAGUUAUGUAUUAUAUGUAUGACCCAACCAUUCAUAAAAUAGAAGUAUUGAGGUUAGAAAAACGUUUAGAUGAUGAACUAUUGUAUCUGAGAGAUGCUCUUCCAGAAUACAGCACAUUCGACCCAAACAUGGAGUUGGAAAUUCUUCCUGAAGGGAGUCCUGUACCUGUCAACCCAAUAAAAGUUAAACUCAAACCAAAACCUUGGUUGGAGAGAUGGGAACGAAAAAAUCUGCAGGGUGUGCAAGAUUUAGGAUUACCUCAAAAAUUCUACGAUCGAGCUAAAGAGCUAGAAAAACCAUGGGAGAAAUAUGAUCUAAUGAAAGAAUAUAUGAGAACCAUUCCUGCAGAGGAACAAACUGAGAUAUUCACAGAAGUUCAGUCAAAUUUGGCGAGGUUGGAGGUUCAUGGAAAGAAACUGAAACGGAAGAGAGUAUUUGUAAAACCAACCAAACUUGCUUAGUGUUAUUAAAAAGGUUUAAUGAG